CCCUCUGCCGCCGCCACACUGUCAAGAUAGCUGGCGGGCUUUCCUCCGAAGAAGGCGAGCCGAAAGACUGCAUCCAUACUGCAACAUUAGAAAGGACGGUCGUGGUAGCAGGGAUUAAUAUCAGCAGUACUACCAGUUAGAUUGCUUUUGUUUCAUGUAGAGGACCCUGAUACUCUUCAAAAAUUCCGCCUAAAAAGAUAUUUCGAUUUCCCCAAAGGAUUGGGCCUUUUUCACACGUGUACAUCUACCUGGACGUCAUAGGGGCAGCUCUCUACCACGAGCAGGUGGACUUCAACGCUGAGCCCCCUUGGGAUCCUAGCUGAUAGCUGGAGAGUACAUUCUCCUGGCGUGUCACAUUUGUUGCAUUCCUAGGACCCCAAGGGCUCAGAGCGUCCCUCACUCAGGUAAUUUAUUCUCUGACUGUGGAAGAAGAGUACAGGUGAAGAUGAAGGGAAUUGUAGAUGAACUGCACUACACCGUGGACCUCCUGGAGGGAGGCACCGCUCUCAGCGAUGUCAUCGAUAACCAUAUUUACGAGCAGACUUUGACACAGAAGAACGCCUUCUUUGUGGCAGACCUGGGUGUGAUACUGUCGCAGCACGUUCGCUGGCGAACUCACAUGGGCGAAAUCCGGCCGUUCUACCCAGUCAGGUGCAACAGCAGCUCCGCUGUCAUUGAGCUCUUGGCUGCCCUUGGCUGUGGCUUUAUUUGUGCCAACAAGUAUGAGCUGGAGCUGAUCAAGGGCUUUGGCGUCUCCUCUGACGACAUAAUCCUUGGUGGCAUGUGCAAGCAGCUCUCCCUUAUCAAGUAUGCCGCCAAAAGCAACGUGGACUGCCUCCUGUGCGACAACGAGACAGAGCUGCGCAAAAUUGCUCGCUGUCACCCCAAAGCAAGGGUGCUGUUGCAGGUGGCCGUGGCUCCCAGUGCGGAAGGGGACGGGCUGGCCAUGACCUUCGGCUCCACUCUCAAGGACUGCCGUCACCUGUUGGAGUGCGCCAAGGAGCUGCAGCUGCAGGUGGUAGGGGCCAAGUUCCAUGUGCCCAGUGGGUGUCAGGACCCUGAGAUGUAUGUUCAUGCCGUCUCUGAUGCCCGCUGUGUCUUUGAUAUGGGAGAGGAGUUGGGUUUCCGCAUGACCAUGUUGGACAUUGGAGGAGGCUUCAGUGGUUCUGACACUCAGUUAGAGAAGGCGCACACAGCCUUAAGGCCAAUGCUGGACAUCUACUUCCCCCCGUCAUGCGGCGUCUCACUUUUGGGCGAACCUGGCAGCUACUAUGUGUCCUCCGCCUUCACGCUGGCCGUGAACGUCAUCGCCAAGAAAGUAGUAGCCCGCGAUCGCCAAGAGCGACGCCACGAUGGCGUGUGCGCCAGUGAUGAGCCAGAGUUCCUCUACUACAUGAACGAUGGAGUGUACGGCUCGUUUGCCUACAAGCUGCUCGAAGAGUCCAUCCCAGCCCCCACAGUGCAAAAGGCGGUGUCCCCCGAGGAGCCGCUGUUCUCCAGCAGCCUGUGGGGGCCGUCCAUGGAUGGGCUGGACCAGGUGGUGGAGAGCUGCCUGCUGCCCGAGCUGAGCGUUGGGGACUGGCUGCUCUUCGCUAACACUGGGGCCAACAGCCUGGGAGCCACGGCCUCCGACGAGCACAAGCCGCCUGUCUUCUACAUGAUCUCUGCUAGUGACUGGUACGAGAUGCAGGACUUGGGCAUCAGUCUGGACACAUCCAUGAAGAAUUUCUCCCUGGUGCCCUACAGUUUACCGUCUGGUCCGCAUGCAACCACUGUGUCCACUCCAGCCUAGAGGAGGACCACUAAUGGCCCACCGGCUCUCUGGUUUCUACAGAGCUGGUCUUGUUGACAUUCCAGAGGCAAGGGGUAGCCUGGUUCUCAGGUUUCAGAGACGUUGAUGAGCGACAUGCAUUUCAUCAGAAAUAAAAGCGUGAAUCGAACAGAGAAUGACUUGUCAACAAGGGACCCUCACAGUCCGGCUUAUUAAUGCCAUUACAGUUUACACAGACUUUUUUUAAAUCUAACAUUUCAAAGAGAUAUAUAUUUAUCUCUGAACUUGUAACUAAACUGACGGUCCAGCACACGUCAAGUAUUUAUCGCACAAUGAAGACAAACCUGAAAGAAUGAUUUGAAACGAGUACAUGAUUCGUUUUGCUCCAAUUUGUUUCAUUGUGCUAAACUCCUCAAGAACAUGUCCCCACAGACCUGAUAUGGGGAUGAAUUUUGAUGUUAUGUGGCAUGCUUACCAGACAUUAAUCAACCCAGUUUUGUACAUUGCCGUUGUCAUCAAAACCCUUUGCCAUCUUGUGAAUGACCUUGAGAGGGUCUGUAUUUUAAUAAUCGCACUGGUUUGGCUGAAGGAUUUGACGCGUUUACAAGCACCAAAUGAGCAGUGUUGAUACACUGUAUGUUGCUUCAUGCUGUUGCUUUGCAACAAAUGCUGCCACGACUGUGCAGAGGCUGGGAAGCAGCUGACAAUUUGCCUGGACAUGAUGAAAAGCAAACUGCCUCGCAUCUGCUGUGGAUGCUAUUGUGGUUCUCAAAACAUUACUCAGCUUAGUAAGUGAUAUAGAUGGUGUUGAGGAAGUGCUGCUGGAUUUUUUGGAAGUUAAGGUGCAGUUGUGUAGACCUCGACAAGGCUACCUUGAAUUUUACCUUCAACUGUUUUUUUACCAUGCCCUUACGAAAUUUCAAUCCUUCUGGAGUGAUGCAUUGAUUUUUUUCAAGAGGAUAUUUUUAAACUAAGCU